CGCCCUGUAAGGGCGUUCGCUGGGAACCUCCCGUUCCCCGUGUCCCCUCUCGCUCCGGCCGAAGAGCCAUGGAGUUCCCGGUGUCCGCACGGCUGGCGACCACCGGCGAGCUGCUGGCGGUGGUGGACGCAAAGCCCCACGAGACCGUGGCAGCGCUCCGCAGCGCCAUCGCCGAGGCGGCGCGGGAGACUUGUUCCCUGUGGCUCUUGGCCCAUGGGCGCCUACUGCUGGACGGCGAGCUGCUGCUGGAUUUGCAGCCCAGCGACUCUGCCAGGCUCAUGGUGGACAUCGUCCGCUGCGAGAACAUGCCGGCCCUCGCCCCACCGCCUGCGGCCCCGACGAAUCUCCGGCUCUUCCCGCGCUGCGCACUCACAGGUGACCUGAUGGGUGAACUGCGGCUGUGGCCACUGGACACUGUGGCCGCCCUGCGGGCGGCGGUGAGGAAUUUGCUGCCACAGGAGGGGCCCCUACAGCUGCUACUGGGAGACGAGUGCCUUGCCGGCCCCGUGUCUUUGGCCAGUGCCGGCCUGAGGGACGGGCUGGUGCUGGACGUGGUGCGCUGCGAGCCUCGGGCGCUCUUGACCGCCUCCGCGGACGGGGACCUGAAGAUCUGGGACGACCGGGGCACGGUCCUUGCCACGCUGCCGCAAGGCGAAUGGGUGAACUCUGUGGACUUCCACGCCGAGACGCUGAUGCUGGCAGCGGGGCUCUUUGACUGCACGGUGCGCCUCUCCAGCUUGGAGGAGCGCCAGAACGAGGGCGAGCAGGGAGGCCGCGUGCUGCGGGGGCACGAGGGCCCGGUGCUCUCCGUGGCCUUCUCAGAGGACGGGCGCCUAGUCGCCUCGGCCGCCUUCGACCACAGCUGCCGCCUCUGGCGGGUCUCCAACGGCCUGUGCCUCCGGAAGUUCGAGCACUCCGAGGGCCUGAACUCCGCGGCAGUGAGGACAGUGGCCGGCGAUGGCCUGGGCGUGGAGGUCUUGACGUCCUCUUUGGACCGAACAGCCCGGGUUUGGGCCACGCGAAACGAUGCGGACGCGGACGUGGCGAUCUGCGACGCUGACGCGACGUUGGAGCACCCGGAAGAAGUGACUUCCGCAAAGUAUGCGCCCAAGGCGCAGGCGGCGAUGAUCAUCACCAGCUGCACGGAUCACAAGGUGCGGCUCUGGGACGCCUCCGGCAAGCUCCUCCGCGUGCUGGGCGGCUUCUCCGUGGCCGCCACCUGCGCGGUGUUUUCCCCCAGCGGCCGCUUGUGUUGCGCCAGCGGCGCCAACGGAGAGGCUCGGCUCUGGGACGUGGAGGGCUCUGAGCUGCUGACGCUCCACGCCCACCGCGACGUUGCCACCUCGCUGGCCUUCUCCAGCGACGGCCAGUGCGUGGUGACGACCAGCAGCGACGGCACGGCGCGGGUGUGGGACAUCGAGAGCUGCAGAAGCGAGGCGCUGCUGGCAGGCCACCGAGACGCAGUCAUGGCCGCUUGCUUCCUCAGCAGAAGUGACCUCGAGCUGCGGCCGACAAAAGACUCGACGAAAUGA